CGACCACCCAAACCAUCACAAUGAAGACCGCCGCCGUCCUCCUCGCUCUUGUUGCUGCUGCCUUUGCUGCACCCACCAACAUCGAAGAGCCUACUCUUGCCAAGCGUGGCUGUUCUGCUGGAGAUAUCUGCAUCAGUGGCUCUUGCUACUGGAGGGGGAUCAAGUUUGAGUAUUGGAAUGAAAGUGCCUGGAUAACGCAUGAAGACUAUGGUCCGAGAGCGAUUGGGUUGAAGGGAUAGAAGUGUAUUGAAGAGGGUCUCUACCAUGGUUUCCAUGCAUCCAGAUUUCUACCCAUAAUCCAAGCAUUUAUCCACAUCGUAUUGACUUGG